UAUGCAGACGACGAUCAGCAGGCAGAGUAUGAGGCAUGUGAGCAGGGCCUGGCACGUCUCGCUGAGCGCACCAUCACGAUCAUCGACCCCGCCUGCAGCCAUCUGUUCCUGUCUCUGUCUGCAGAGCUAUAUGAUGGAGCAUUGCCAUGCGACUGCGACCCCCUUGGCUCUGUGCCAGGGUCAACCUGCAACCCGAUUGGUGGCAGCUGCAGCUGCAAGCCGGGUGUGUUCGGCCAGCAAUGUGACCGCUGUGAGCCCGGCUACUUCAACAUGACCGCCAGAGGCUGCAGCCCAUGCAGCUGCAUUGACCUCGGUGCUCAGUCGCUCGUCUGCGACUAUGUGACGGGUCAGUGUGUGUGCCGACCGGGCGUCUCUCUCUCCGGACAAGAGAACACGCUCGGCUUGCCCAUGGAUAAGACCUGCCGUUCCUGCCUCGUGGGCUAUUACGGAUAUAACACAGGAGAAGGGUGUCAGGAAUGUUCGUGUGAUGAAGGAGGCAGUGAAUCACAGCAGUGCAAUGAAGAUGGCUGCAUUUGCAAACCCACUAUAGGGGGCGCCCGGUGCGAUCAAUGCCAAGAUGGCUACUAUAAUUACUCGCCGCUAGGAUGCAUGGCCUGUAAUUGCAGUAUAGCGGGGUCGUUGAAUGAGACUUGCGAUGCAUUCACGGGAACGUGUUACUGCAAAGCGAACACAGAGGGGGUGCAGUGUGAUAGCUGUGUACCUCGAAGCUUUAACCUGCACGAGGCAAACCCGCAGGGAUGUCAGGACUGCUUCUGCUACGGACAUGGUGGCAACUGCAGCUCUGCAGAAGGCUUCUAUGGCAGUAGCAUAGUGGCUUCCUCCACGAGACUGUGGGAGAUCGCACACGUGAAUGGCAGUCCCUACUUGAAAGCACCGCCAGAAUUUCUCAACGAUCAGUCGGCGUCCUACAUGCAGUACCUGUCGUUUGAACUACGGUCGCGCCGCCAGCCGGUGUGGCUGCCUAAUGCUACGCUAGUCAUCCUAGAGAGCAGUGAAGAUACCCUGCUCUACCAGCGAACAGACCUGAACAUAUCCGACGACAGCUUUACUGAAUUCAAUAUUUUGCUGCACGAGAGUGAAUUCGUGACUGUUGUGGGUGAUCAGCCAAGCAGCUUUCAGAUGCACCAGCUGCUAUCCGACCUGCAGGCUCUCUACAUAGCUAUGCAGCUUCUAAAUGAAACCUCGGAUGUCGUCGAUGUCUCACUGGACACAGGAGUUCAGGUAAACGAGACCCAGCCAGAGAACAAUCGCGUGAUGUCAGUGGAAAAUUGCACAUGUCUGGACGACCAUUACGUGGAUGGGCCUCAGUGCAUGCAAUGCAUGCUGGGACACAUGCGAGCAGUGGGCAACGGCACAGUGUAUGACGUGUGCCUCGCAUGCAAUUGUUCAGGCAACACUCUUGGAGACCAGCCUGAGUGCAAUGACACAACAGGAGAGUGUUUGAACUGCCGCAAUGGCACAGUGGGCUUCCACUGUGAGCAAUGUGCGCCACAUGUUAACGAACCCUUCUGCACAGAGUGUGAGCGUGGCUACUUCGGACUCAGCAAAGAGGGAUGUCAAGCCUGCCCUGAUUGUGAUUCCGGUUUUGUUGCUGAGGACAUUGGCGUACUCAGCCACCGGCAGUGUUCCAUGGCAUGGGAACGUGGGUGGACUCAAGUGCGACACUCGCAAACUCAACUACGAAGUCUUCUCUGA